AUGAUUGUUUUAGCUUGGUUGGCUCGUCCACCAAGUGAUUGGAAGACGUUUGUGCGUAAUCGAGUCGUAAAAAUAGUCGAAAAAUUUCCUGCCUCUCAUUGGAGUCAUGUAAGAUCAGGUGAAAACCCAGCUGACUUGGCCACUCGAGGUUUAUCUACAAAGCUACUUAUGGAGUCGCCCAUUUGGUUAAAUGGCCCAGAUUUUGUGAAGACAAGUAGUAACGAGAUGAAUUCGGUUGAUAUAGACGAUGAAAUGUGUAAACCUUAUUUCGCAAAGCCGAAGAGUGUGUCGUUAGUCAUGGUAGACAUCAAAUGCGAUGUAGAUGUUAUUAAUUCUUGUUCAUCCUACGAGAAAAUUCGCUGUAUCUAUGCUACGGCUAGUGCUUGUGUGAGACGUUGGAAAUCACUAAUACGUGACAGACAGAAUGUACCUGUCAAAAUUGAGGCUACAGACGUAAUUUUAGCAGAGAAGUGGCUUAUUCGAGUAGUUCAGCAGGAGGCAUACUCUGCUGAUAUAUUGAGAUUGAAAUCUAACAAGGCGGUUAAGAGACGAAGUUGGUUGAGACGAUAUACUCCAUUUAUUGACGAGGAAGGAAUUGUUAGAGCUAAGAGUCGUCUUCAAAAUGCUCCAAUUCCUGAAGGGGCUAAAAACCCAAUUAUUUUGCCAGCCAAUCAUCACUUGGUGAAGCUUUAUGUUUGCCACUUACACGAGAAGUUCUUUCAUGCAGGCCGGUCUUGGUUGAUGACAAAUUUAUCUGCCAAUUACAUUUUCACAGGCGGAAUCAGUCGUUUGAUCAAGACGACAAUUUAUAAUUGCAGGGAGUGUAUUGAGCGGUUUGUACAGGCGAAACCUCAGCAGAUGGCUGACCUCCCAGCUGAUCGCGUCACACCACGACCACCAUUUCAAGUCGUUGGUAUUGAUUUUACAGGAGCUUUUCAUUUGAAAUGCUCAUACCACCGAACCACGAAAUACAUGAAGGCGUAUGCAUGUGUUUUCGUUUGUUUUGUCACCCGAGCCGUACAUAUUGAACUUGUGCCAUCGUUGUCUACUGAGGACUUUUUGAAUGCCCUAAAAUGCUUUAUAGCGAGACGAGGUGUACCAAUCACCAUCUAUUCUGAUAAUGGUACAAACUUCCGAGGAGGAGAACGUUAUUUGAAUUUUGAGAACGAUGACAUUCAAAAAUAUUCGAGACGUAAUACCAUUUCAUGGAAAUUUAACCCCCCCUAUACUCCCCACAGAGGCGGUAUUUGGGAGUCGGCGGUUAAAAGCGCCAAACGAUAUUUACCCAAAAUUACAGACGAGCAGAGGUUCAACGAGAACGAGCUAAGAACUUUGCUUACUCAAGUUGAGUGCAUUCUCAAUUCACGCCCUCUUGCAUACUGUCAAACGUCCGAGCCGCUGGAGGAAGUUUUAACUCCAGGUCACUUUCUAGUUGGUAGAAACCUGAGUGUUCUUCCUGAGCCGAGUGAGCCACCAGCUGGUAUAAAAUUAUCAGCUCAAUAUGAGGCGAAUUGUAGUCGAGUAAGAGACUUCUGGAAAGUCUGGUCUCAAGAUUACUUGAACCAGCUUAAAGCUCGAGUAAAAUGGACAGAUGAAAGGCCAAAUCUCGAAGUUGGUCAGAUUGUCCUACUGAGAAAGACGACGAAUGAGCCAGGUCGUUGGCCUUUGGCUAGAAUUACCAAGACUUUUCCCGAUAGAGACGAUUUAGUGCGUACAGUUGAGGUGCGCACUCCUGAACGUGUCCGAGUUGUGCCUACAAUUCAUGUAGUGCCAUUGCCAACUACAUAG